CGCGCAUUUCCACGUCUUUUAAAGAAGCUGCUGAACUUUGCGUCUGUUAAACGUCGUCGUGUUUAUCGUGUGGUCUUUGGAGCUUGUCAGCUGGGAGCGUCAGUACGUUUACACUCAUGGAUGUUUAAGAAGAGCAACAUCAGCCUCGCUGCUGUUUAUCACUGAGGUCCAAAGAGUUUGUUCUCCAAAGAUCGUCACCAUAAGACACGUCUAUAGAAAAGCAAAAACACAAGCCCGUCUUUAUCCUUUCAAUGAGUAAUUUAUCGUAUGUUGAGCUCACGUGUACCAGCCUGACUUAUUGAGCCUCAGCAUUGAUGCCACAGCCUGGCACUCUUAGCCUCUAAUGAUUCUGUUUCAUGAACUUCUUCUGAUCUUAAUCAGCUGCUGGAAAAGAUUCCUGAGCUUCCCUGAAGAUGGAAGUCUUUGCUUUUCUCUUCCCACCUCUGCCCAUGUGACUUCUCUUUAAAAAUAAGUAGGGGACACAAUCCUCUGGUUCUUCCGGGUCCUCCCUCCCUGGUGGAAUAAUUGAGAGGCUUUAUCACAGGCUCUCCAGAGUCAAACUCGGCAGGCUCCGUCAAAGUGAAGUGAACAGUUGAACAGAACCAGCUCUGCAGCUGCCAAACUGUAGAGCUCGUCGGCGCGUCCGGCCUCCUCGCCUGGCCCGGCUCUUCUCCACGGUCGGCACAGCAGCUUCCCCUCAAAGCUUCAGAGGCAUUUCCUAAUGAGGCCCAGAUGCAGAGCUGAGCUGACAAGCAGCUACUGCUUGUUCUGCAAUUAGUCACAUUUGCGCUCGUGCACACGUUAGCGCUGCAGCACAGGAGCACGCCGUUUCCUUCAGUUUAACUUUCCUCUACGUUUGAAUUCUUACGGACAUGAAAAAAUAAAACGAGGUGAACUCGAUGCUCCACGUGCAGCCGCUCUGUUACGCCGCUGAGCUUUUCCUGAUUAUCUGAAUGAAAACAUCCCGGUUCCUCUCGAGGCUUUUUCCCUCCAUUAAAGCUGCAGCCUCUGCUUUUAUUAGGGGAAAAACAGCUCUGCUGAAUAUUCAGCGCAGCAGGUCUGCAGCCUAACGGCCCUCUGGUAACGUCUCCUUCUGUUUACUGUCCACACAAAAAAGCCUCGAGUCUUUGUUUUACUGCAGUGGAAAAUGUGAACUGUGGCACCACAUCCUGUCAGCUCGAACUUCUUUAUGUGUGUCGAUGUGAUGCACGCGUGAAUGUUCUGACAAUAACGGCGGGCAUCACCGUGAGCCUGACGUCACUGUUAGGAAGAAUCAUUGUUUGCACGUCUGUGCUUUAAAGCCACAUUUGAGAGGCUGACGUUUAAAACGUGUGUGUGAUAAAACUCAUCGUUCAGUGAAAUAACAUUUAAAGUUCUAUUAUUAUGAAAUUAAUGAAACAUGUAGGUAUUCAACAUUUUAUUGAUAAUGUCACAGAUUGUAUUUUUGCAGAUGAAAAAGCCGCGUGUUUGAAAACUGUGAUGAAGAAACUGUUCACUGACCUUUUUCUGUCACUCCUGAAAUAAAUGGAAACAAAAACAAGACUAAAACAUGUCGUUCCCACCCCCGCCACGCCAGGAAUCAAGGACAAAAUGUUAUCCUUAGAUGAAAGUCGUCCUCCACGUUGGGAUUUCCUUCAGUAACAAACGUGCUUCAUUAGAUUUCCUGGGAUCUUAAAUAGACGCUGCUUCCUGUUUGACUGACAAUCCAAACAAAGUGUUUUCUUACAUUUUGUUUGUUGCUUGGUUUAGCUUCACUUCACUAAGAGGGGAACUCAGUGAAGUCAAGUAAUAUUUAAAGAUAAACUUCAUACUCAUUUACAGAACAUUUAGAAACUCGUUGUUUUGGUUCAGCUCUUAAACAGCUUUGUGUUGAUGUAAUCAGAUUACUGAAGUGAAGCUGGUGGACCCAGGCACAGUUUUGAGUGGACGUUUUAGUUUUGUUGCACUGAAACACAGCUCAUUUCUACCUGUACCUGCUUCUGCUGAAGUGCUCUUGGGCUCGUUCACCUUUCUCUUGGCUGUUUGUACUCGAGUACUUAAAGAGCUCAGCCUGUGUACUGACUCGAGCACGCCACAGGAUGCUGUUUGAAGGCUCGUGCAUCUGUUUGCGUAGCUCGUCAGGUGUCUGUCACAGUAAAUAAUGUAGCUGUGUGUCUGUCAAACGCACCUCCAGGUGGAGAGGAGUCACGCCUGCCGCUGUGCGUGCACGCUUGAAAAUUAUUUAACAGCUGAGAAGGAACCGAACGGGUUGUUCCGGUUUGCGUCGGCGCUCAAAAGUUUCCUGCUCGAGGAGUUUGAAGCUCCUGAGAUCAGCCGUGGAUCUGUUCUGGUCAGCGCGGUGAGUGAGGCUCUGUUUAAAUGGGAAGCUUUGAUUCACAGGAAAGGCUCGGAGUCGGACUCUGAGUACAUUUAAAGUGGCUCCUGUUAAAGCUGAAGGAUGCCGGAGAUUAAAAAUAGAAUGUGGAGUUUAUGAAGUCAAGAUUUUAUUGACAAACAUGGGCUUCGUUUUUAGUUUGACCGCACGCAGACGCUCUGCCUUAGAGCGCACAGGUCACGAUUUCACAGCUGCUUAUUACUCUGCUGCCUUUACUGUAAGUGGGAGAAGUUUUUUAUAUGAUCACUUAAAACUAUAAUAGCUGGUAACACUGUGUGGCAAUGGGAACUGUGGGACGUGCCAGCGUGCUGUCAGAGCUGCAGGGCUGAGACUGAAUAAAUGUGAGGGGGUACCAGUGUGUGCGAGGGUACCCGUGCGGGGAUUAAAAGAAGUUGUUGUUUGUCAUUGAAGCUGUUAGUAGAUUAACUCUGGGUUUUUCUAGAUCGAUGCACAUGGAGCCCUGAGACCUUCAGUCUGUUACUAAUGACAGAGCAGUUUUACCUGAACGGGGGGCGGGGUUGGAACCUGACACGUUAGACGUGGUAAUGCAUGCAGUGUUGAUCACUUUAUUUAUAUUUCUUUAUUUUAUCUUUUGUCAUAUAUGAUCAGCUCGCUGAAUAUCCUGCCUUUGCAUGCAGUAGUCAUGGAAACAGGUUACCUCAGAGGGCAUUGGCUGGGGGAAUGUGGCCAGCAGGUAAUCGCGUUUAUUUGAAGUGGGUAUGUUUUCAGUCACUGAGGUCUGAUCCUGAGUGGGUGCUUCUGUGGAGUGUUUUUAUCCUGUGUGGUCUGAUGUUAUAAUGAAAUGUGUGGUUAAGAUGAAUUAUUUCUUUCUUCACUGAUUACUUCCAAAUACUUUAAAUCAGUUUUCUGUUGACCGUGGGGCAGAAAUGUGACGGGUUCUUGCUUAGCUUGACCUUUGACCCUCUGCUGUCCCACAUCAGCCCUGAUCCACGGCGCUGCUUUCUGGUGUUCGCCCUUCUGUCUUCACCUUCAGCAGCUGAGCCUUGAGAAACGCUGCCGUGCUGGUUGAUGUGCAACCAUCUGAAAGGUUUUCCAUUGUGUUCAGCUGCCUGGCUCAUUAGCUGCACUUCAGCUGAAGGGCGGAGGGUGUUUACCCACGCCGGCGCUUCACCUGGAGGCCCAGCGGAGGGGUCGUUCUACCCAAACGGCCUUAAAGUCCUGUUUCCUCUUAUAGGACUCGGAUCGUUUGGCUGUCAUCUGAGGAAGUCGUCUAAUCUUAGCCGUGAAACGUAGCUCUCUCUCAGGGCUGCUCGGUGCAGGCUCGUGUCUGAGGGCUGCUCGCUCUGGUUGUACCUGCGUCAAGGGGCAGGAAGUUAGAAUGAGAGUUGCAGGUUUGUGUUCUGGCGGCUCAUGGAACAGGACAUGUGGGAGAUCUUUGAAAGAGGACAAAGAUGCCCAAGCACAGAAGACGAGAAGGACUCUGAGGCCUCCUACUAUGUUGAAACUCCUUAUGGUUAUCAGUUAGACCUGGACUUCCUCAAGUAUGUUGACGACAUCGAGAGGGGCAACACUAUUAAGAAGCUGAGUAUCCAGAGGAAGCCCAAAGUGGCCAAACCCUCGGCGGUGCCUCGGGGCAGCACUGGCGGGGUCGGCGCUCAGGCUGAAUGGACCUCCACAGACUCGCUGUCCUCCUCCAACAGUGACGGCAAACAGUCCCCGGUCUUCUUCACCAACAGGGCCGCUGCCCCGCUGACCCCCACCCUCUCCAGGGCAGCCUGUGAGGUGCCUCUGCAUCAGCCGUGUUCAAGCAUCGCAGAGCAGAAACAGCUCCUCCCCCCACCGUCGCCCAGGUUUGCCCCUCGGCACAACCCCCAAGUGGAGAAGACCCUCAUGGAGACCCGCCGUCGGCUGGAGCAGGAGCGUGCGCUUCUGCAGCCGCUAAGCGAGCCUCCGAUGCCCCGCCGGCGUCUCGCCAGCUUCGGUGGUAUGGGCUCCAGCAGCUCGCUGUCCUCCUACUCUGGCUCCAUAGGCACAAGCCAGAUCUCUCCCAACACCUAUCAGACUCUGCCCAUCAACGGUCAUCUCCCUAACGGAGAGUAUAACGCCUAUUACCCACCAUCCAGGGGCAGCUCCAUCCGCCACAGCCCCAUGAGCUCUGGCGUGGCUACCCCGGUAACGAACGUCAGCCCGUUACACCUGCAGCAAAUCCGGGAGCAGAUGGUCGUGGCGCUCAAGAGGCUGAAAGAGCUGGAAGAGCAGGUGAAAACCAUUCCCAUCCUGCAGGUGAAGAUUGCCGUUCUGCAGGAGGAGAAAAGACAGUUGGCUGCUCAAUCAAAAGGUCAAGGUCUUGGCGGCUUCCGCAAACGUUCCUACAGUGUAGGCUGCGCUGACCAAAUGGAAAACCCGGGCCCCAUCCAAAAGGAAACGGAGCUGCACAUCAUCGAGCCAGAAGCCCAGGAGCAGAGCGCUCAGAGGCUGGAGGAGUUCAGACGCCUGGCUGCUGAGGUCCAAGCACUGGAGAAGACUUCCAAGGACAACGCAAAUGAAAAUCAGCCUCAAAACCUCACGCAGAACCAGGCCCACCAAAAGUCUGUUGGCAUAGUUACUGAUCAAAAUAUGAAUAAUCUUCCAGCCACCCAAAGAAAGCCAGAGAAGGAACGCUGUUUUCGGGACGCGGGGGUGUCUACAGAGCGGCUGGAAAUCCGGAGCACUGCAGUUGGCGUCACCGAGGCCAUGCUGGGCAUGAGCAGCGAAGCUGAGAAAGAGAUCGAGCUCCAGCAGCAGACCAUCGACUCCCUGAAGGAGAAGAUCUACCGCCUGGAGGUGCAGCUCAAAGAAACCACUCAUCAGAUGGAGAUGGGCAAGCUGAAACUGGAGCUCCAAGCUGCCGGCGGGUCAAACAAGAAAAAAGCAGACAAAGGUUUGAUGGUCAGGCCGGAGAUGUACAGCGCCUGUGUGGAGGCUAAAGUCCAGACACGCAGCCAGGGAGUGGGCGAACAUCUGGAAUUCAGCCAUGUUAGCACUGCUAAAAGUCCACAGACUCUGACUAGAGGAGUGUCCUGUCAGCCUUCUGUGCACAGCGUCGCCACAGGACCGGAUAUCCCCAUGGACCGGUGGGUGGUGCACGAACAGAUGGAGGUGUCUGACCAGUGUGUAGGACGGCACGUGGAGACGUGCCAUCGGCAGGUAGGCGUAGAGCUCAGCGUUUGUGAGGUGGGAGUGAACACAGAGGAGCUGGUGGACAGCUUGACCCUCGGUGAACCCGCAAUGGAAGCCAGCAAAGAGCAGAGAUCCGUGGGCUGUGGAGACUGUUCGGUGGAUGUGAUCGUUAGUCCCAUCAAGACGCUGGUGUCACAAGGAACUGAGACUGACCGUGUCAGUCAAGUGGACUCUGGAGUCACGGCGGCUCCUGAGUUACUGACUCAGGAGACCAGCACUGAGGCAGAAGUUGCACACAAGUCCACGAACACGAAGCAGGCUGUCCUCUCAGACUCAUUCACUCACAUGGAGUCGGUUACAUCAGAUAAGCAAACCAACACGGUGGUCACAGAAACCCGGACCGUGGCUGCCGGAGAAGGACUCGUCAAAGACGUUCACUCAACGGCAAAGAUGCGUUCGAUCGCCGUUGGAACCACCUCGGACGUGGAGCUCUUGCCCGGCAAAUUGAGCUCAACUAAAACCAAAGAAUGUGGGGUGGGGCCAGUGAGCGUCCAUGAGAAUUUCCUGGUUGGUUUAAAAACCAGAAACAUAGCGUGUGGCCCCUCCCAGCCGGCUGAGUCUGUGGCGAGCAUCGGCAGCCAGGAGACUGCAGAGGUGAAGCCUGCGCCGGUCGCUGUGCACGCUGAUCCGGCCGCCCUGCAGGCGCACGGUGGCGUCAGCUUGGACCAUUACAUCGAGCGCGUGCAGAAGCUGCUGCAGGAGCAGCAAAUGCUGCUGGCCGAGAACUAUACCGAGCUGGCGGAGGCAUUCGGCCAGCCCCAGUCCCAGUUUGGGGUCAUCAACAGUCAGCUGGUCAGCACACUGUCAUCCAUCAACUCAGUCAUGAAGUACGGGAGCGCCGAGGACAUCCUGAAGCUGCAGGCGGAGUCAAAAGAAGAGAGCAGUCAGCAGCUCCAGCUGUCGUCUGUCGGGGCGAAGCACGUGGAGAAGUCACCUGACCUCACGGCAGCGGAUACGCCUGCGAACACGCCGUCGCAGCAGCAGAUCAGUGCGGCCGAGCAGAAGAGCCGCAUGGACCUCCAGAUGUCUACAGCGCUGCAUGGGCAGAGCACCCUGAAAUCCAUCAUGAAGAAGAAAGACGGCCGAGCCGACUCCAACGGCACGAAGAAGAACCUGCAGUUCGUCGGGGUGAACGGAGGAUACGAGACUACGUCGAGUGACGACUCCAGCUCGGAGGACAGCAGCUCCUCUGGGUCAGACGAAGAGGACGAGGAGGAGGAGGAGGAGGGGUACGGAGGAAAGGAGGAACACCAGAAAGUGGAGGGGCAGAGCACGAGGGAGGAGUUCCAGCCCGAGGGAGCAGAGGACGUGGACAAGAAGGAUGACGAGGAAAGUUCAGAGAAGCAGGAGACGAGAGAGAGGUACGAGCUGAGCGAGAAGAUGCUGGCUGCAUGCGGCGUUCUCAAGUCGCACCUCAGUGACUCCAAGGCUGUGACCAACAAAGACCUGAGAGGCUGUCUCAACACGGUGCAGCACGAGUGGUUCCGCGUGUCCAGUCAGAAGGCGGCGGUGGCGGCCAUGGUGGAGGAUUACCUGGGAGCGUUCACGGACUUCUCUCCCACCGUGCUGCGCCACAUCGUCAACAUGGCCGACGGCAACGGCAACACGGCGCUGCACUACAGCGUUUCACACUCAAACUUCCAGGUGGUGAAGAAGCUGCUGGAUGCAGGCCGGCCAGACGGGGCUGAUGCUGGCGGUCAGUCACGGCAGGAUGGACAUGGUUCGAGCCCUGCUGGCUCACGGCGCCGACGUCAACAUCCAGGACGACGAGGGCUCGACGGCGCUCAUGUGCGCCAGCGAGCACGGCCACGUCGAGAUCGUCAAGCUGCUGCUGGCCCGGCCGGGCUGUGACGCCACGCUCAGCGACAGUGAUGAGAGCAGCGCUCUGUCCAUAGCUCUGGAGGCGGGACACAAGGACAUCGCCGUGCUGCUUUACGCUCACGUCAACUUCUCCAAAGCCCAGUCACCAGGAACACCUCGACUCGGCAGAAAAACGUCCCCGAGUCCGACCCGGAGGGGCAUGUUUGAUUAAACCCAGCCCCUCCUCUGCCCACAAACCCUGCGCUGCUAUUGGUUCUCGUGCACGACGCCUUACCCAUCGCUGGAUUUGCCCAACCAACCAAUGAGAUUUCUGGAUUUUUCUUUUUUCUUUAAUCUGCACAUUUG